AUGGGCCCGCGGCCGCUGCUCCCCGCCGUCCUGCUGCCGCUGCUGCUGCUGCUGCUGCUGCGGCCGCCGCCGGGCUCGGCCGGGGCGCGCCGGCCGCACCUGGUGCUGGUGCUGGCGGACGACCUGGGCUGGCACGACGUGGGCUUCCACGGCUCCCGCCUGCGCACGCCGCGCCUGGACGCGCUGGCGGCGGGCGGGGUGCGCCUGGCCAACUACUACACGCAGCCGCUCUGCACGCCGUCGCGGAGCCAGCUGCUCACCGGCCGCUACCAGAUCCACACGGGUUUACAGCACCAAAUAAUCUGGGCCUGCCAGCCCAGCUGCGUUCCUCUAGAUGAAAAACUCCUGCCCCAGCUCCUAAAAGAAGCAGGCUACACUACCCACAUGGUCGGAAAGUGGCACCUGGGAAUGUACCGGAAAGAAUGCCUUCCAACCCGCCGAGGAUUUGAUACCUACUUUGGAUAUCUCCUAGGUAGCGAAGAUUACUACUCCCAUGAACGCUGUGUAUUUAUCAACGCUCUCAAUGUCACACGGUGUGCUCUUGAUUUUCGAGAUGGUGAGGAAGUUGCAACAGGAUAUGAAAAUAUGUAUUCAACAAACUUAUUUACCGAAAGGGCUACAGCCCUCAUAAACAACCAUCCACCAGAGAAGCCGCUGUUUCUCUACCUUGCUCUCCAGUCUGUCCACGAGCCCCUUCAGGUCCCCGAGGAGUACCUGAAGCCGUACGACUUUAUCCAAGAUAAGAACAGGCGUCACUAUGCAGGAAUGGUGUCCCUUAUGGAUGAAGCCAUGGGAAAUGUCACCGACGCCUUAAAAAGCCGGGGGCUCUGGAACAACACGGUGUUCAUCUUCUCCACAGAUAACGGCGGGCAGACUUUGGCCGGGGGCAAUAACUGGCCCCUUCGAGGAAGAAAGUGGAGCCUGUGGGAAGGAGGCGUGCGAGGGGUGGGCUUCGUGGCCAGCCCCUUGCUGAAACAGAAGGGCGUGAAGAGCCGGGAGCUCAUCCACAUUUCCGACUGGCUGCCCACUCUGGUGAAGCUGGCCGGGGGCAGCACAAACGGUACCAAACCUCUGGACGGCUUCGACGUGUGGAAAACCAUCAGUGAAGGAAGCCCGUCCCCCAGAAUUGAGCUGCUACAUAACAUCGAUCCAGACUUUGUGGACCUUUCUCCGUGUCCUGGGAAUAGCACAGCUCCUGCAAAGAGUGACUCUUCUCUACCAGAAUAUUCAGCCUUCAACACAUCUGUCCAUGCUGCAAUUAGACACAGAAACUGGAAACUCCUCACAGGCUACCCAGGCUGUGGUCACUGGUUCCCUCCACCAUCAGAAUACAAUGUUUCUGAGAUACCCUCAUCGGACCCACCAAGCAAGACCCUCUGGCUCUUUGAUAUUGAGCGGGACCCAGAAGAAAGACAUGACCUGUCCAGGGAGUAUCCCCAUGUGGUCAAGCAGCUCCUUUCCCGGCUACAGUUCUACCAAAAACACUCGGUGCCCGUGUUCUACCCGGAUCAGGACCCCCGCUGUGACCCCAAGGGCACUGGGGCUUGGGGCCCUUGGAUGUAG